CGGGAAUCCCCUUAGUUUCACUUCCAUUUUAGCUUACUAUAUAAAAUGAUUCACUUAUUUUCUGGAUCAUCAUCUUCAUUGCUGUAGUUCUACAAAUAUGUUUUUUCAACUCGUCUGCAUUCUAGCUGCCUACUUGCAAGGUGGGCUUACACAGGAUAAGCCUACACAAGAGGUGAAGUCAGUUUGUGGAGAGGACUCAAUUCUGAAAUGUAAAGCAAUACGUAAGCCUGGGGUCCAGUACCGGGCGGUGAGGUGGUACAAGCUGGGUGAGAAGCCCUAUAAUAAGGAGUCUGGUCUAUUGAUGAAGAGGCUAUCACCUAACAGCACCACCCUACGGUUUGCAGGUUUGGAGCGUGAAGUGGAACUUUUGGCUGACGAUUCUUUCGAUAUCUUCCUGCCCAAUGUAACGGCUGUUGAUAGCGGGAGGUACAAGUGUCUCCUGGCAGCACCUGUAGGAGAGCAGAACCAGGAGGGGCAGGUUCACCUCAGAGUGACAGGUUGCCUUGAGUCCACAUACCAAUCAGAAGAAAUGGAUACCAUUCUAGUUCUUUCCAUUGUGGGGAUUGUUGCGGCAUUGCUGAUAUUCACCAUCAGCUAUGUCAUCCUAAGGAAUAUGUUAUUGCAAAGGAGUAAGAAGUAUCCACAAGAACCACUUCUAGAUGCACCCCUUGAGAAAAAAGAUUUAAUGUUGAUCUACACUCUGGGGCCAAACUGGUCAGGACAGGGUUCCAUAAAACAUGUCUGUGUGUGAGACCCUGUUCUGCUAGUUUGGGCUCAUUGUAUACUUGAAUGUGAAGAGGAAACACAGAGAAAGACUAGAGCCCAUUUGAAGCUGAGCAAGGAGCCUAAGAGUCAUGUCUACUUUCCAGAGAGUUCACGUCUAGAGCAGAGGGAGGCAGACAAACCUCUGGACGAUCCUGUAGAACUAAAUUGUGUAGGUAUGACUGCAGCAUUCAAGAGCAAGGAGCAGGGCAUGGUGAAUGGACCCCACGAUCUAAGCCCCAAGAUCAAACCCCAACAAGGAACUUCAGGAAAGGGAGAAUAAAUAAUGAAUGAUACGGCGUGUGGGGUUCUGAGAAUAUGAAAUAUACUUAUUCAUGUCACUGAGGGAGAGAGGGUAAUGUAUAACGUUUACAUUAUAUCAGGGAUCCUAUGGUUAUCUGUAGGAGGAAGGUAUAUAGUGUGUGCAAUUAAGCUUGGAAUGUGCUGAGUGCAGGGAAGCGAUCACAUAUGGCAGGCAUUGAUAAGGGGAGAGAGCCAUGGAUUAGUGAUGAAGGGGGUCGAGGUCAGGUCAGGUCACGUUAAGGGAGAAAGAAAAGUUUAUGGCCAUAUUACUUAGUUUCCUGCCUAGCAGUAAAGAUACAAUCAGAUGGGUAGGAGGAGACUCAGCCUAAGAGAAAGGGUUAAAUAUCAGUGCUUGUGUGAAAAUCUUUUUGUCUAAUGCAGCUGUAUUGAUCCUCUGGGAAGAAUAAACUUGGUAAAGCUUUCAUAGUGCCAUUGAGUUUUUACUCUGAAAAUUAGAACCUAAUAGGGGUCAUUCUGCAGGGUCUUUCCAUGGCAAUGUUGGGGUUAAUUCCAUUUACAUUUCAGUCAACCCAGUCAAUUGAAGUUUCAGUAAUUGGAAGAUGAAAUUGAUUUUGAACUGGAAAAUGAUCAAUGUGCACUGCAUUGAAUUUCAUGCCUAAUUAAAAUCCUUUAUUGACAAGUAUUGAAAUGGAAUUGAUCUGAGUACUGUUCAAUGGGACUCACCCGUGUUGGAAGGAUUUGGUGGGACAUGCUGGACUCUGCACAGAGAGAUGAAAUCAACCAAGACUGCAUUCCAUCUGAGCCAAGCAAAGCUCUCAAUUAACUCUAAUGUUCAGGAAUUAUCGAUAACUUUUAGUUAUUUUAGUUUUGUGAGGUCAAAACAGUAUAUACUUUUUUAUGCAGAACCAAA